AUGCCUUUGUGUCCAGCUCUUUCUACCUUCUCCAGGAGUGAGCGGCUUCUCGGGGAUGAGAGUGGCUCUGAGGACGAGGAGGACGAGAGCUCCAACAGAGAUCGCGACGUGGCCGAAUUGCUACGAAGGAUGGCGAAGGCCUUGGCAGACUUCUACGGACUUGGCGAGGCCAAGCACGCCACUCGGUUGAAGAGCAGCGUGGUGAACGUGGUCAUGGUGACCCAGGAAGCCUGGAAGGUCAAAGAGCGACCCAGCCAACUAGAUGAGCCACCCAUGUUCUGGUUGCGGGGCGGCCGGGUCUAUGACUUCCACGGUGACCGUGGCACCGUCUCAGAGUUCGAAAACGACCUGUUGAUCCGGGAAGUGGAGGAUGAUGGGAUUUGCCGCCAAAGGCGGCAGAAGCAAGGGCUUCUGCCCUUUCCGUUUCUGCCACUUCCCCAGCGAGAGAAAGCUGAGGAGCAAGAGGAAGAAGCAAAGGUUGGCCCAAAAAGAUGA